GUUCUAUAGUAUCGGCCGAGGCGUGAACACAACGACAGAGUGCCGAAUGUCCACAAGAUAUGGAAACACUAGCCGCUUUCAUUGUCUUGUGUCUCCUUAUCGCAGACGCAAGAAUUAUCCCAGAUAACUACAGCCAAGAAAGGAGAGCACUACUAGACGAAGAGACACUCACAGCGGUCGGUGGAAAACAACACCUCGAUGAAGAUGAAACGAUAGCUAAUGAUAUACUAAUGAAAUGGAAGAUGAACGAGCUCAACGAGUCCUACAUUAACCCACAACAUUUCAACUUUUCUAAACACUACUUUUCAUAUAAGAAAGACAUAGAAAAAUCUAAAGUGUAUCAAAUUAUAAAACGGAUGCCCAAAGGUGCAGUGCUUCACGUGCAUAGCUCUCUAAUGCUAAGUGCUAAUGUGUUAGUGAAAUUGACGUAUGAAGAUCAUUUGUACGCGUGCUACUCACAUGACGAUCUGCGAUUAUAUUUCUCGGAGACGACCCCAGACCGACCUUGUCCGUCUAAGUGGGAUCUUGUUAGCGAACUCAGGAAUUCUUCCGGUGAUCCCGCGGCCUUUGAUUCACAAUUGAAGAAAUAUUUCACACUUGAUAAAGAUGACGGCGAAGAUUAUAAUUUCGUGGACAUCAACACAGUCUGGAAGAGAUUCGAUAAAGUGUACUUUGCUAUUAAAUCGUUAAUUUCAUACCGACCCGUGCGGGAAAAGUAUUGGUAUGAAACGUUACAACAGUUUUAUGAUGAUAACAUUAUGUAUAUCGAAAUUCGUUCCGGUCUACAGAGUUUAUACGAAUUAGAUGGCACGAAACACAGCAGGAAAUAUUUACUUGAUCUCUACAAGAGAGUGACUGAAAAAUUCAUUGAGACUCAUCCAGAUUUCAUCGGUGUUAAACUGAUAAUAACAAAACACAGAGCUCAAAGUAUCGACCAAGUGCUGGAGGCUUUGAAUAUGGCGAGAAGAUUAAAAGUUGAGGAACCAGAUAUGAUAGCAGGAUUCGACCUUGUAGGUCAAGAAGACAUUGGCAGACCACUGACAGAUUUUCUGCCUGCGUUAUCUGAAGCAAAAGGCGAUAUAAAUUUCUAUCUACAUGCUGGAGAGACAGCUUGGCUAGGAACUUCUGCUGACGAGAACCUGGUGGACGCAAUUCUUCUAGGUUCAAAGAGAAUAGGUCACGGGUACGCUUUAAUGAAGCACCCGUCUCUGAUGUCAGCUGUGAUGAAGAAGGACAUUGCUUUGGAAGUGAAUGUGAUCUCCAACGUGGUGUUGUCGUUAGUGCACGAUGUUAGGAACCAUCCCUUGGCCUCGUACCUGGCUAUGGGUGCACCUGUAGUGCUGUCCAGUGACGAUCCUGGCGCUUGGAGCGCGGAGCCAGUGUCUCAUGACUUCUUUGUGGCGUUCAUGGGUGUAGCCAGUAAGCACGCGGACCUGAGGAUGUUGAAGCAGCUCGCUCUCAACUCGAUCACGUACAGUGCGCUGGACGAUGAAGGUAAAUCGAGACUUCUGAAAGUGUUCAAUGAAAGGUGGAAGAGGUUUGUGAGAGAUGUUAUCACUGAUGUGUCGUUGAUAGAUACUAAUGUGAUUUAGCCACUUAUUAGAAUAUAAUUCCGCCUUUAAUACGCUGGCGUAUAAUGUAACCGUGACCUGUCAGUAAUAAACUCAGUACAAAUGUUUACAGUAAGUAGGAACUAAGAAGUGAGAUUAUAUAACGUUUGUAUUAAUUAUAUAUUUUCAUAUAAUCGUUGUAAGGAAGGAAUUAUCUUGAUUUAUAUCUCAGUGAAUGCAAUAAUGAUCUAUACGCCUACCUUCUAGGGCUCAAAGUCCUGUUGCUCUCUGAAUAUUAUUUUUAUCUUUUAAACAAUAUCUCUUUUAAUGAUAUCUUUACACGUAGGAUUUAAUAGAAUGACUGUGUAUUAUGAAUUACUUUCUUAGUGUUAUACGUUAUAAAGUUGAUUUUGCAAUGUUUUAAAGACUCUUUUUUUGUUAUAUUAUCGUUGUCUGUUGCACAUCUUUACCUUCCAAGUCACAUGUUAUUAUGUAGUUACAGUAUCAUAAUUUUAAUUAUUUAUUUAUGUAUGCAGUGUUUUACAUGGACUUUAUAAAACUAGAGGUACAUUUGGUAGAUCGAAAGAUUACACUCAAUAUAGCACAAAGUCUUAUAAAGAUUUUCCGAUCAAAAUGAAGUAUAUACUCCAGAAAUUGAUACCAAAUUGGUAUCAUAAUAUUAAUGUUAUGUUUCUUCAAAAAAAAAAACGUGUCAAUAGUUCACUGACGCACAAUCAGAUAGUUCGUUGACAUUAAUCGGCUAAUUUGAUGCUUGUUUUUUUUUUAAUUUCAUUCAGAAAUUUCGGUUUCUAGUUUAAUGUCUUUUUUAUGUUUCCACUACUACGUUAUAGACUUGUUGUUCGAGUGGUCACAUGUACACUCAAUAUACGGUAUCAGAUUUGAUACUCGGCUCACGUAAAGAAUUAAGUAUUAUCUUUUACCUGCGGCUUUCCCGCGUAUUCUUGUUUAAUCCCAUGGGAGCAUUUAAUCGGGAUAAAAAGUUCCACCUAAGUCAGCCCAUACCCUUCCUGUGUACCAAAUUUCAUCGCGAGAUUUACGGACAAACACCGAAACAAAGAAACUUUCACAUCUAACUAUAAUAUUAGCACGAUUAUUUUCAAAAUUCUUAUGGUAUUACAGAUAAUGACGAAAACCGCGAAAUUUGCUUUUCGCGGCGUAAAAAUUAAUCCUUCAGGUCUACUGAGCACGACGCGUCAAUUGAAGAAUGCAUGCUUUCGUCAAAUGAUGAUAGACGGGUUUGUCGUAUCCGCGUCGUUAGUUUCCAUUGUAUCAGAGCAAGAUGUCAAAGUCAAAGUCAAAGUCAAAGCAUUUAUUUCAAUUAAACCAUAGUUUGGUACUUUUGAAACGUCAACA